CGAUAUUGCAAUCGAUACUUAAAAUGAAGAUAAAAAGGACACCUCAGCGAGAAGUUGAUGAAAGCUCCAGCAAGAGAGUUAAAAGUAUAAACAAUAAUGAUUACUUUGAAACUAUUUUAGAUGAAAGUGGCUUACAAUUACAUUCACCGCCAGAAAAGUGUAUGACAUCACAUGAAACAAUUUUAAUUACUCGAAAUUUAAGAAAAUCUUUGCAAAAACAUAAAGAUUAUCCGCGGAACGUGUCCGAAUUCUUCGAAAACCUAAAACAAAGAUGUGAUGAUCAAACUUAUUUAAAACACUAUUUAUAUCCAAACAUUGUUCGAAUAGCCGGCGAAGGUUCUAGUGAAUCCUAUUUGAAUGACAGUCUAAUUAAAAUCUUAUUAAAUAUUCCUGUUCUACAAAACAAAUUGAUAGAUUACAUUUUUGAAAAAGCCAUUGAUUUAGCUGCUGAUUCUAAAUGUGGACCAUGGAUACAAGCAAUAUUGAAAUGUUUUUCUAAUCUAGAUAAUGUAGUUGACAGCGAUAAGAUUGCUAUAAAUCUUAUAAAUCUCUUAGAUGUAACUUCAGAAAAAAUGGUUCGCUUGGAAAUUAUAACUGCUAUUCCUGAUAUAAUAGGAGAUCAGGCACACGAGAAUAUAGCAACAGAGAUGAGUCGGAUAUUGAGCGAGGAUCAUGACCUUGUACCUGCUAUUUUAGAUUGUCUAUCUUAUCUAUGUUUAUCUGAUGAGCAAUACCAACAAUUACAAAAGAAAACAUUAAAUAUUUUAAUGGCAUUACCUAAAUGUAAUCACUUUCCGAAUUUUGUUAAAUUCCUUCUAAUGGCUGGACGAACUGUUGACAGUGCAUAUUAUGAAGCUGUGCUUGGUCUUAGGAAUGCACUUGGUUGGCCAACGUCAAUCGCAAAACCACAAGACAUUGCUUCUAGUCAGAUUUUAACAGUUUCUGCCAUAAGGACUUCUGUUGUAUCAUCAAAAGUUAUUGCAAAUGCUUGGUUGAAAGUUAUUACAAAUUGUCAACUCAGCGCUGACCAUAAACCAAUUGAUUUUAUAAUAAUUCUGAUUUUGUAUUCUACAACUGAAGAAAAGCAAAAGCAGGUAGAAAGUGUGAUUAAAAAACAAGUUAAAUUAAAUAUUUUAAAUGAAGAAUUGUUAGCUGAUGCUUUUGCGAUGUUUAAACCAAUAUUAAGAGAUUAUCUAAAAACACUUAUAAGUUUAACAAAUUCUCUUUUGAAAUGUAGAGGUGAUGUUGAAGUUCAGCAUUUUGCUUCACAUAUUUAUACUUUAAUGUUUUCUAAACUUGAUGAUUGCUGCCAAAGUGUAGUGGCAGAACUAUUGCAACUAGGAUUAGAUAGUAAACAAUGUGUUAUGAACAUACUAACAAUACUAAAUAAUGUUGCAGUUAAAGAUAUGUCAUUGUUAAAACCUCAAAGUGUUCAAAUGUUGACUCUACUCGAUAGAAUGGAUGACAUGACUUUAUCAGAAAUACGAGCUGUUAUGAAUUUAGUCUGUGGUCUUGCAUACAGUUAUGAAAAUUCAGUCAUUAGGGAUGACAUACAUAUGAUUGUCAGAAAAGAAUUAGGAAGUUCAAACCCAGUAGUGAAGAUCCAAGGUAUUCUGGCUGGAGUACAUGCUGUAAAAUACCUAAUGGCUUCAACCGAUGAAGAAGUUUCUAUAGAAUCUGUUGAAGAUGUUAGUUAUGGAACCAUUAACCAUCUACCAGAGGGUGAUCUCCGAGAGGCAGCACAGAUUAUAGAAUUAAUCAGUCGCAGUACAAGACAGUUUCCUGACAUGAUAGCAUUUUUUUAUGAUGAAUUGUAUAAAAUAGUGCAAUCAGUAGAUUAUAUUAAUUCACAUUUUCUCAAUUGGAUUACUGAAGCUGUGACUAAUGAUUUACAACAGAAUUUUAUCAUUGAUAGCUUGGAAUGUGAUACAUAUGAGGAGUUGAAACUGAACAUGCAAUAUUGUCUCAAUUCAGAUAGUGAAAUGGAUAAUGUUAUAGCCAUUAACAUUGGUGGAUUGACACUAAAUACAAGAAAAGAUAUCAGCAUUUUAAUUUUGUCUCCACUUUUCCAACUCGUCCAAGCUCUACAUACAAAAAAGCAUGAUGGAAAUUUGUCAAGUAUAGAUGCAUUGUUGGGAUGUCCUGUUAUUAUGCCAAUUUUUGAUAUUGAUUUAAUUGAGAAUAUGAGUAAUACAGCAAUCACACAUGUUUUAGAUUGUCAAGUACAUUGUGUUAAUUGGUUUCGAGAAUUGUUGAAUGCAUUUGCUUCUCAAAAUGAUCCAGCUUUGAAACCAAAGAUUUUAAACAGAGUAUUAAAUAUACAAAAGCUAGAAAAAACAAUAGAUGAAAUUUUGUUGCAAAGUAAUUUAGUAUAUAAGCCACCAAUAUCUACUUUCAAUCUAAAUAAUAGUAAGAUUCAUGCUUAUGAGAAAAAAAACAUGAAAGUGCAAAAUACUAAAUCAAAAAUACAAAAAAAAACACAAGAUGUUUCAGUUCUUACAGAGACUUUAAAAAGUCAAGCAAGUGUACGAAAUAAUAGUGCUGUAAAAAGCAAAACCACUAAGCAAGUCCAAAGCAUACCAUUUAGAUCAUUGAACUUGACAUUACUGAAUCUUCUGAAAUGUGAAUUGACUGAUGAUAAGAACGCUGAAAAGAAAUUAACAAUAGAAGUUUUUAUAUUUCUAUUAAAAUACAUAAACUGUCAUUUAGAAAACAUUUUAGUUUCAAAAAUUAAAAGAAACACAUUUCUUACCAAAAAAGAUGACACAGAAGCUUAUAAUCAUAAAAAAGCGGAAGAGUGUGCCCAGCUUGUCAAUGAAAUGCUGCCAAAACUUGUGGAUCACAUGAAGUUCAUUACAACAUAUUUAGAUGGAAAUUAUUUUAUUGACCAUGAACAAGAUGAUAACGACCUUUUAUAUGAUAGUGAUAUGCUAGGCUAUCUAUAUGGCCUUGAGCACAUAUUGAACAUUUGUACAACAUAUUUUAAAUGGAUUGGUUUUAAAAGCCAACAUAAAAGUUUGUUGAAGACUUCUUUACGUACUAUUGCACACAGCUUAGAUGGAGAAAGCUCAACUUAUGUUCAAGAUUUAGUAUUAUCUGUUGCUAAAUAUUUACAGAGACAUGAGAAAUACUGCAUUCAGCUUACCACAGCUGUAUCAUUGUUUGAGUACUUCAAAGCAAUUCAGGAAUAUUCUUCAAGUCCUAUGAUAACGCAAAUCAUUAAAGAGCUGGCAAAGAAAUUCCUUUCUAAUCAGUGGAAAACACCUGACGGUGUUGCUGAAAAGGGACUAUUUCUUAAUCAGUGUGUUGAUAAUUUUGCUAGAGUCUAUUUUACAAAUAAUCAAAUUUUAGAAUUGAAAAAUAUAACACUUUUAUUAGUCAAUGAUGUACAGGAGAUGACAAAAACACGUAACAGUACAUUAAAUUCAUUUCAAAGUGUUAAUAAGGCCAAUUUUCCCAUAAUAUAUAGAAAUUUAGGUGGUGCACUUUUUCUAGCAACCAAAACGCAGUUAAAUAAAAGGUUGACUAAUUGUGAACAUUUAGAUUUAUGGAAAAAUGUGGGAUUAAUUUUGAAGUGUAAGUUAGAAAUUGCUAAAACACUUGACAGCAGAAACAAUUUAGUUGCCUUUUUUAAGAAAACUCUUCCAAUUAUAAAGCUAUUUAUUUCCCAUGGAAUACCUAUAAUGGAGUUAGAAUUCAAAAAUAAAACACAGGAAAUACUUGAAUUAUUGAAAACUUUACAACAAAUCACAAGAUUCCUGCAGUCAUUGUGUUGCCAUUCUAGAUUGAAAAAAGAUACUGCAUUGAUUAAUAAGGUGCCAUAUGUAAGGCAACUGCUGGAAACUCUUUUAUAUAAAGUUAAAGCUAUGUUGACUGCAAAUAACUGUUCUGAAGCAUUUUGGAUGGGAAAUCUUAAAAAUAAGAAUAUUCAUGGAGAAAUUAUUUCCACCCAGGAUAAUGAAGAAAAUAAUGGAUCAGGGGAUGAUUGCGAUGAACAACUACCAGAUGAUGAUGAUAGUGAUGCUACAGAUGAUGAAAUGCUUAAUCCUGAUUCAAGGAGUCUUAGUGACAUAGUUUAAUUUUUUUGAUUUACAUAUAAAAAUA